CAUUUCUAUUACAUACUAUGAUCAAGUUGAUCUAUCGAAUGGAAAUAUUACAAUAUAUCAAAUUAUUGAUUCUAAACAUGCAAUUAUUCGACAAAUCGUCUCCGGUGUCAAUAAUCAAUAUUGCUCCCUCUCUUCUGAUGGAAAUAGUGUGAUUAUUAACGUUAUAUCCAGUACUUUUAAUAGUCCUGGUCAAAAAUAUUACAUACAAGUUGAUACCGAUUUUGUAAAAAGUCGAUCGAUUAAAGAUCCUCUUUUGGGUGUUCAAUCUCGUAUCUGGCAAUUCUCCACAGAUGAUAUUUCAGCAAAUAAUAUGCACACAGGAAGUAUACAAGGAUUGCUACAUCUAACAGCAGAUGGGACACAAAUGUUUCUCCAAAUGAACAAUAAGGACAAAUCAGCCUUUUUUGCGUCUUUAAAAAAUGAACUUUCACAGAUCAUCCCUGUGAAGUCAGAAAGAUUAAGUUCGAGAGAAGUUCAUCAAGUUCUAUACGGCGGAGCACCUUUUGAACAAGUUCAACUUUUUUUUACUAUCAGUGAUUCGAAUGAUAAUACACAGAGAAGUGCUUCCUUAGUUGUGCAGGAUUUAAACACAAUGGUACGAAACAGCGAUAUUACUAUUAUCUCUGUUGGGAAUUUUACAAAAUAUUUAGAUAAAAAUUAUGGAUUUGUGAUACGUG